AAUGAAUGUUUAUUUCAUCUUGAAUACACUUUCAAGAAAGGUGCAGGGGCAAAAGGCGCACAGCGCCUGACAGGGGCCCCUGUACCCCCAAUAUAAGCUUUUAUUAUACAUUAUUUACUGGUAGUUCAUUGGCAGUGAGCGGACACACACAACGUUACACACUUUAACACAUUAUACACGAGUUUACACAAACUGAGAACAGAAAUAACAAAAAAAAAUUUUGGGUUACAGUUUGUUUACUAAUAUAGAUAAUAUAGAUAGUAAUAUAUAGUUCACAGUCAAUAACGUAAAGGGUAUACAGGUAAAUUACCAUAGUACACUAAAGUAACCAUGAACAUGUACGUAUCCACGUAAAACAGAAAAAACAGAAAAAAAGGGGGUAUAAUAUAGUUAUGUAGCAAUAAUCACUCUCUCAAACACUGUGUUAGUAAAAAUUCUUUCACAUGGUUUUUGAAGGCGUUUCUUGUCAUACUGAAAUCAAUGUUAUCUUCUAGCUUAUUUAGGAUUGUUAGUACUUGGUACCUGGUUGUUUGUUCACCAUACUUGGUCCUUGUGUUUAGGGUCCGUUUUCUUUUUAGUCUCAUAUCGUAAGGAGCUUCAUUAAUGUUAUCAUGUAUAUGGAGUGCAUUUUUAUAUAUAUACUGCAGUAGUUUAAAAUCGUAAACGUCGUUAGCUUUAAGCAUUCGGUAUUUAAAAAAUAAUGGUAAUGUGCUUAGUUCAUGACAUGGUCCCUGAUAGUUUUCGUAAAUGCGCAAUAUUUUCUUUUGUAGAAUAAUGAGCCUGUUGUAGUUAGCUUUUGUUGUGGUACCCCAUACCAAUAUGCCGUACGAUAAUCUGGAGUAGAACAGUGAAGUAUACAGAUUUUGUUUCAGCCAAAUAGGUAUUAAGUGUGCAAUUUUAUACAAGCAUCCAACAGAUCGGGAGAGUUCGGUAGUUAAAUUAUUAAUGUGUACAUUCCAUGAAAGGUGCUCUUGGAACCAAACACCAAGAAACUUUUGCUCUUUAACCCUGGUUAUCUGUUGCCCUUCAAAAGUUAAAACUAUUUCUCUACUUAGUGGUUUGUUAAGUGCACGAAAUAUUAUGUACUUUGUUUUUGUUGUGUUAAGCUGCAGCCUAUUUUCCCGGAACCAGGCCGCGAGGGAUGUAAUAUAAGUGUUGGCCCUUCUUUCUAAAUCUGUUAAAUCUGUGGAAGUAAAAAAGAUAUUAGUAUCAUCGGCAUACAUAAUGAGUUCAGGAGAGUUGGGUAUAGUUACAAUGUCAUUAACGUAAACAAGAAAUAAAAACGGUCCUAAUAUUGACCCCUGUGGAACGCCUUGUGUUAACUUUAGCUGUGAUGAUGUGGCAUCUUUUAUUUGCACGAUCUGAUAGCGGUCACUUAAGUAGUUUUUAACGAGCUCUAAUACAACUCCCCGCACACCAUAUCUAGACAGUUUGUGCAGUAGGAUAUCGUAUUUUAUUGAAUCAAAUGCUUUCUUUAAGUCGAGAAAUAAACCAAGUGUUAACUUUUUACUGUCAAUGUUAGUAAGUAUGCUAUCUUUAAUAUAGCACAACGCUUCUUCGGUUGAUCUAUUUUUUUGAAAUCCAUAUUGGCUACUAGACAAGAUUUUGUGUUUGUCAAAAAAAGAAAUUAGCCGUUGGUUAAUCACACUUUCAAAGAUUUUGGACAAAAUGGGGAGCACCGAUAUUGGUCGGUAAUUUGAUAAAUUAUUUCUAUCACCUCCUUUAAAUAUAGCUCUUACUCGUGCUAUCUUAAGUUUAUGUGGGAAAACACCGGUUGUUAGCAUGAGAUUAAUAAUGUGAGCAAUUGUCCCCGAAACAAAGUGAGAUAUUUGUUUUAAUUCUUUGGAGCCAAUUUCGUCAAUUCCAGGGGCGACGUUACUUUUCAGCAGCCUUAUGGACGCUUCCACUUCGGUAGGAGAUGUUGGUUGCAUGAAUAUUGUUUGUUCUAACAUGGGUAUAGCUGUAAUAUUAGUCUCACAAUCAGUGGCAUUAGGCUCUUCAUAACAUCCUGCAUUUAUGAAGUGGGCAUUCAUUGAGUUAGCCAGAUCCUGACCACAAGUCGUUCUACCAUUUAUAGUCAUUUCAUUUAUAUCACCAAACUGUUUUUUUCUAUUUGUUAAUGCAUUUACCAUUUCCCACACCUUCUUAGGGUUGUCAUAAAUGUUCUCAAAUUUUGCUGUGUAGUAAUUAUUUUUAGCUUUUCUUAAAUCAUUGUUCAGAGAAUUUCGGAUUUUUUUGUAUCUACGAAACACUUCAGGAUCCCGGCAGCCAAGGAAUUCGUGGUAUAAUUUAUUCUUAUCCUUUAUACGUUGAUAUAGAUUUUUGUUUAUCCAAGGUUUUCUAUAUUUUUUAUUUCUACGCACCACGAUUCUCUUGAAUGGAAAUGCUUUAUCAAAACAGCUAUAGACCAUGUGAAAAAACAUAUCAUAUGCAAUGUCGACAUCGCUCUGCUCUAAUAUAACGCUCCAGUCCUGCUCUUGAACUAGGUUAACGAAUGCCUCGCGUGAGCUUUCACUGAAGUUUCGUAGAAAUGAUACCUGCUCAUCAGCCUCAUUUUUAUAUCGAGUAGUUAGAAGAAAGAGUGGCAGAUGGUCGCUAAUAUCGGAAGAAAAAACACCCGGUUUUAUAUAAUCUGCACUGAGGUUUGUUAUACAGACAUCCAAUAACGUAGCACUGUGUGUUGUGAUUCUAGUGGGUAUAUCUAUAUAAUUUUGACAGGCAUACGUUGACAACAGGGUCGUAAAUUCUCUAGAGUACGGGUCUGAGGAUUUCAGGUCAAUAUUUAUGUCUCCCAUAAUGACAAAUGUGCCCCUAUUGAAAGCAUUGUCACAUAACAGUGUCUCAAAGAAAUGAAGAAAAUGUUCUUUUUUUCCUAACGGUGGCCUAUAGACAACUACUGUUAGUAUCUUGCCAACGAGUAAGGCUAAACAUUCCACAUCGUCAUUAAUGACGGAUAGGUGAGGCAGCUUCUCACGUGCAAGUGUGUCCUUAAAAUAUAUAGCAAGGCCCCCUCCCUUCCUUACGCUACGGCACAAAUGCUCAGAAUGGUACCCAGGUAGACACGGUACUUCAUUUCCAUGAAUCCAAGUCUCUGUGAACAUUAUCACGUCGAAUGAUACAGUACAGGAGCCUAGAAAGUGGGUAAUGUCAUCAACUUUAUUGCUGAUGCUCCUGCUAUUGAUAUGCAGAAAGCAAAAAUUAUUUUUGGAGAGAGAGAAUUUAGAAUUAAAAGCAUCAAUCGUGUAAUAAUUUAUCUCAUCUUCUAGCACGGCCAUGACAAGAAUGAGGGUCAAAAAUGUUCAGAUGACGCUACGCUCGAAGGCUCCACACAAACUUCUGGGAUGACGCCCCCUGUAGUGGUGCCUUUGCGCAGCACAUUCGUGCCUCAAACAGCUGUUGCGGCAGCACCGACACCAGCGGUGGCUACAACACCGAAGCCAGUGCUUGCGACAACACCGAAGCCAGCAGCUGUGGCACCACGGACACGAGUGGUCGCGACAACACCGAAGACUACAGCUGCGGCGCCACCGACACCAGUAGUUGCGACAACACCGAGGCCAGUGCUUGCGACAACAAGGAAGCCAGUGCUUGCAACAACACCGAAGCCAGCAGCUGUGGCGCCACCGACACCAGCAGAUGUGAUACCACCCACCCCAGCUAGGAAACCACCGACACCAAUGAGGGCACCAUCGACAACUACUGUAGUCCCUAAACCACCCACUGCCGGCCAAACAACGAGACCAGGCCCGACAACUCAGGCACCGCUGCCGAAGGGAUCCCUGCUGUGCACACUAGGGGCUGGUUUCAAGAAGUCAAAGUACACGUUUCCCCCCGACGGACUCUGCACCAUAAUCACGUUCCACUCGGUGUACAAGGGCGAUGACACAUUGGCACCACCCUACAAGGAAGACUUCCAGUACUUCCUAGAUACGUCUAAGCAGGCCAAGUACUCUCAAUUUGGAAUCGGCAUCGCGCAGGAAACAUGCACCGACCGAGCCACCAUGACAAAACUUACCAGCAACGUUUCGACGAAGAUGCAUUUAGAUGAGCUGUGGGACCGCUACCGGAUAUACCACUAUGGUCAAGUGAGCGGAAGUAUCUUAUUCAGAGGAUUAGUUCCUUUUAUUUCUGCGACGUUAGCAGCGACGGGAUUGCAGAUGAUCACCAAGAUAAUGAAUGAUAAAAGACACUCUAAACUACGGCCGAGCUAUACCAUUCUCCACAAUUGGCUGCUUUAUCCAGGAGACGCUCGGUACAUUGGAAUGGCAUUGUCGGAUGUGCCGGUGGAUAUUUUUGUUGUGAAUGUGCACCAUCACGAACCCGAUAUCAACUCCGUUCACUGCCGCAUCGUGCCACCAACCAUACUAACCGCGGACGUCUUGGAGAAUGUUCCAAAGGAUUGGUUUUACAGCAUCCGCAUGGGCACCAGCAUAAGUCUUCUUGCAGCCACCCAGCGGUUCUGGCCUUCGAACAUGAUGUAUGCUAUGUCCCUGGGCAUGGCUGGUCGGUGGUACGCAGCAUGUCAUAGAGGCCCCUUGACGCGUAAGGGGCCCGAUGGCUAUACGCUCGGCAAUAGAUGCGGGGCCGCGUGCAAGGAAAAGAAGCUCCUGCCAGAGGAUCAGAUCACCGAGAUUGCCCGGGCCUGCUCGCGUCCUGCCUUCAACAAUUCAUUCUACCAAGACAGGACGUUCAACGCCCUCGUUAGUUACGACGACCCAGCAGGAUUGGUCUUCACCUAUGACAGCCCUCGCAACCUUCGUACCAAGCUCUGCAAAGCCAAGAAGAAUGCGACAAGCGUGCAAUACACCUUUGUCGCUGCGGACAUCCAGCUGGAGGACGCCCAUGGUAUCUGCGGCUACGGGCCAUUCCCUCGGCUAUACAUGCUCAAGAAGCUGGCGGCAUUCUUUGCUUAUAAUUACACGUCUGCCGGUAAGGAGACACAGUGCAGGGCCGUCACAUAUUAAUAUACGCUCAAUUGUUGCUACCAGCUCAUGCUCAUAGAAAAAAAAUUUCGUGCGUAAAUAAAUAAAGUGAAAUUAUAGAUUU